AUGAGCAACUUUGCUGUUUCUCCUUCAUCUUCAUCAAUGAUGCUGUUUCCCAAAAAAUACGAUGUUUUUCUUAGCUUUCGAGGUGAAGAUACACGCGACAACAUCACAAGCCAUCUUUACGAAGCACUGAAGCAAAAGAAAGUUGAAACCUAUAUAGACUACAAGCUACAAAAAGGAGAGGGAAUUGGACCAUCACUCAUCACAGCCAUUGAAGAGUCACAUGUUUCUGUUGUCAUCUUCUCAGAAAACUACGCUUCCUCCAAGUGGUGUUUGGAUGAAAUUGUGAAGAUCAUGGAAUGCAAAAAAGGUCGAGGACAGAUUGUGAUACCUGUGUUCUAUAAAAUAGAUCCAUCACAUGUGAGAAACCAGAGAGGGACAUAUAAGGAAUGGUUUGACAAACAUGAGUUAGAUCUACCGAGGAACAAUAAUCAGAGGUUGUUCAAUUGGAGAAGUGCUCUCACAGAAGCAGCAAAUUUGUCUGGUUGGGACUUUCAAACGUAUAGGUCUGAAUCUCAAUUCAUAAAAGACAUCGUUAAAGAUGUUUCGCAACGACUGAAUCGUGUAAACCAAUUCGAAUUAAAGGGGUUUGUUGGAAUAGAGGAAAACUAUGAAGGAGUUAAAUCAUUAUUGGAAAUGGACUCAAAAAAAGUUCAAGUGAUUGGUAUAUGGGGCAUGGGUGGCAUUGGCAAAACCACUCUAGCAAUUGCUUUAUAUGCCAAACUCUCUUCUCAUUUUGAAGGUCAUUGUUUCUUAGAAAAUGUUAGAGAACAAACAGAAAAAAACAGUAUCAAUUUCAUGCGCAACAAACUUGUUUCAGAGCUCUUAGAGGAAGAAAAUCUCCAUGUUAAUGUACCUAAAGUUGAAUAUCUUUCUGUUACCAAUAGGCUUCGACGUAAAAAGGUUCUUAUUGUGUUGGAUGAUGUGGCUAACUCUGAACAAUUAGAUGAAUUAAUCAUUGAUUAUGAUUGUUUAGGACUUGGAAGUAGAGUGAUUGUAACUACUAGAGAUAAACAUAUUGUUAGCAUUGUUGAUAAAAUUUAUGAGGUGAAGGAAUUGAACAAACACAACUCUCUUGAGCUUUUUUGUUUGAAAGCAUUCAAAGCAAAGGUUCCUAAAAGUGGAUAUGAAGAGCUCUCAAAAAAUAUUGUUGCCAAUUGCAAAGGUAACCCUUUGGCUUUAAAAGUUUUAGGUGCACGGUUGCAUUCGAGGAGUAAGCUAAAAUGGAAAAGUGAAUUGGAGAAGCUUAAGACGAUUCCGGACAUAAAAAUUCAAAAUGUGUUGAAAUCGAGUUAUGAUGAUUUGGAUGAUGAUCAAAGGAAUAUAUUUCUAGACAUUGCAUGCUUUGUCAAAGAAGAAUCUAAAGAUCGUGUAACAAAUUUGUUUAAAGCUUAUAAUUUUUUCCCCGAUAUUGGGAUAGAUGAUCUUGUAGAAAAGUCUCUUGUAACAAUUUCAAAUAAGGGUACAAUACAAAUGCAUGACUUAAUACAAGAAAUGGGUUGGAAUAUCGUUCGUCAAGAAUCUCCCAAAGAUCCGGGGAGUAGAACUCGAUUGUGGAAACCAAAUGAAGUGUAUGAUGUCCUGAAAUAUAAUAAGGGAACUAAAGUUGUAGAAGGCAUAACUUUAGAUGUGUCUAAGAUUGAGGAUCUACAUUUGAGCUCUGAUUCCUUUACAAAUAUGUUUGAAAUGAGAUAUCUUAAAUUCUAUUAUGGGAAGAAGAAUGAAACAAGUAACAUAUAUCUUCCCAACGGUCUGGAUUCAUUGUCUGACAAAUUGAGGUACCUUGAAUGGCAUAGAUACUGUCUGAAGUCUUUGCCAUCUAAAUUUAGUGCAAAAUUGCUUGUAGAACUUUUGAUGCCUUUCAGCAACCUUCAAAAGCUUUGGGAUGGAGUUCAGGAUCUUGCGAAUUUGAAGGAAAUUGACCUUAGAUUCUGCAAAGAGCUAGUUGAGAUUCCAGAUUUGUCUAAGGCUAGAAAUUUGGAAUGGUUAUCGCUUUCUCAGUGUAGAAAUUUGCACGAAAUCCAUCCCUCCAUUUUGUCACUCAACAAGCUUAAAAAUCUCGAAUUAGAAGGUUGUACAAAGAUCGAAAGUCUAAUUCAAAUGGACAACAAUCAUUUAGAAUCUCUCCAAAACAUCCAACUUAGCAAUUGCUCAUCAUUGAAAGAAUUUUCAGUCACUUCAAACAAACUCGAGAAAUUGUGGUUAGAUGGUACUUCUAUCCAAGAAUUGUCCCCGUCGGUUUGGUGCUGCGAGAAACUGAAGAUGAUUGAUCUACAUAACUGUGACAAUCUUGUGGGUUUUGGGGACAACAUUCAAAACUAUAUAGGAAUUGGAUCUCUUAAUACUAUAGUCCUUUCAGGGUGCAAAGGACUGAAUGCAUCAAAUCUUGGUUUCAACGUCAAAUCAUGGCAAGCAACUUUAACAUCACUGAGUUUGGAAAAUUGUUGCAACUUAGAGACACUCCCUGAUAGCAUUGGUUUAUUAUCAUCAUUACAAUGCUUAAAACUAAGCGGAAGCAAUGUUGAGAGUUUGUCCCCAAAUAUCAAAAACCUUAACAACCUUAAAGAGUUAAGGCUAGACAACUGCAAGAAACUAGUGUCUGUCCCGGAGCUUCCUUCGUCGUUGCGAUUAUUUAGUGCUAUCAACUGCAUUUCUCUAAAAACAGACCUUACUGCAUUGGACAUAGCCUUUGAACAUAGACCUAAACCUCAACCGUAUCCUCAGUCAGUGUUCUUCCCUGGUGCUCAUGUUCCCAAGAGAUUUAGCUAUAAGGGUUCAACUUCUGAAGUAAAUAUUAAGCAUCUUCCAGAAUCUGGUUUAUAUGGUUUAGUUUUUUGUCUUGUUCUUUCAGGGUCAAAUGAUAAGUAUGGAAUUGUUCAAUUUUCUGUUAACCAAAAUACCAAAAAAAUAGGUGGAAAAGCUACCUCAUUGCGUAAUCUGCAUUUGGUUAUGGAUCAUGUGUUUCUUUGGUAUUUGGACAUUAGGAGUGGUGCUAAACACAUUUCUUUGCAUAGCCAAAUCGAAGAAAGUGGAGCAUGGGAUAAUCCUUGUGAUAUAUCAUUUCAAUUUUCACUUGAAAAUGAGGAGGGAGAAUGGUCAACAAAGAGGAUAAGAGGGAGUGGAGUCUUACCACUUUAUCACUUACAAGAAUCUUUGGAGACCAACGAUUUGCACCUCGAGCCUAAACCCGAACUUGAGCUAGAUUCUUGUGAUAUAAUAUCCGAGCUAGAAAGUUUAUUAUGUGAUAGUUACAUGUCUUCUCCCAUGUGCACUGACUCAACAACUAUUUCAACACUUCUUGAAAAUUUAGAUACUCUUUUGGAGACACCACUUGAAAUUCUCUCUUCAGACAAUGAAGUGAAGCAAAAGUUCCAUCAAAUUUUGGAACAACUCGGCCAAUUUGAAAAACAAAUCCCUGCUAAGCUUCAUCAUGUCAUUUGCAAGUUAAGAACUUUCACUGAAGGGGUUGAUGUAAGAUUUGGGAGUGCUCAAAAAACUAUCCAAGAUUAUAAUCUUCUGCUUCAAUCAAGGACUGAUAUAUCGAAGCAAUUGGUAAGUGUCAAAGCUCGAGAAUGCCAAAAUAAAUCGGAAACCUCUCGUGGUAAGAGAGAGUUUGAAAGGAUCAAUUCUGAGAUUGUUGAACUAGAACAGAAGUUAAGUGGUCUUGUUGAGAUUAGAGACAAGUUGAAAAGAGAAUUGGAGCAUUGUGAUGUGAUAGAUAAAAACCUUAAGACAGAAGUUGCACAAUGCAAGAGUGUGUUAUUAAAUCUGAAAGAGUCUGAGGUUUCUUACAAAGAGGCCUUAACUAAUAAGAAGAAAGUUGAAGAUGAAUGGACUGAUUUGAAAAAGAACUUUGCUACCAAUAAGAUUUGA